AUGAAUAAUAAUUUAACAGCUGCACAGGAAAAAGGAUACAAAACAAUUUUAAAUCUGACAGAUGAAGAAUUAAUUGGAACGUUGCGUUUGGAGCCGGUGAAGACAGAAACACGAGGUACAAUGUAUGAAAAUUGUCAGUCUGAACGUUUCGUUGCUGCCUUAUGUGAUCCAAGAACUUCUUAUGAAUUCAAAUUGAACGAAAUUUUUGAAAUUGUUGAACCUCAGAAUGUUGAAUAUAAAAAAUUUACUGUCAAAUUAAUAUUGAAAAGUCAUCCUACAAGUGCCUUGAGUGAAGGUGAUAUCAAGAAUAUAAAAGCUUAUAUUGAUAGGUGUGAACGAGAACACUAUUUGAACAUAUUCAUGGAACCAGAUUUGAAUAUUUCAGAUGUUACGAGUUAUUUGAAUAGAGUUGGUUUUUUAAAGUCUGAUAAAGAAGUUGAUGAUGAUAUUUGCAAAAUUAACAUAGAGAGGAUUCCAAAAGUUUUGAUUCACAUUAAAACUCCAGAAUUUUUCAGAUGUUUCCAUCAAUUAUUGAAUAUCUAUUCAAACUCAUUAUUAAAUUCAAGUCAUUAUUCACAAUUCAAAUUGAUUGGGAAAGUCUUCCAAAGGCAGGGAUCAAAUUUUAUAAGUAUUGAAGGAACAAUACCUCAUCGUAAUUGUGUUUAUUUCUUCAAACCAUUUUUCAAGCUGUCAAAUCAAGAAGAUUUUAUCAUUAAUCGUGAGCUUUUUCAAAUGUACUCAAAUACGUUUAAAAUGUUUGAUCUUGGAAAUGAUUCAUCAAAUCUGCAGAAGAAAUUUUAUUCUAUAUAUGACAUGGACUGUCCAAAUGAUAAGAUCAACGUCAAAAACAAUAUUGACAACCUGUAUGAAAACGAAUCUUUACCCCCUUAUUCAAACAUCGAAUGA